UCUCUCUCAACAUCAGCUCAAGCCAACUAGACGAAGCCAACAUGCCCAACUCGCUGGCCCAGAUGUCCAUCGCCCGCUCUGAAACCGUCUGCAAGGACGAAGGCAAGCAUCACCCACUUGGAAUGCUCCGGUCGAAUGUAUCCAGCAAAGACCUCAAGUCGCUUGGGAGUGAAGAUUAUGUGAAGCGGCCUAGUCGAGACCCCAAAGGAUCCACAGCCUCCAAGCUCUCCGUUGCUGGGAAUCAGCGAGAAACGGGCUCCCGACACACGAUUUCCAGUGAGACGCCAUCGACUGAGGUGGGAAAUCGCAUGCGGCUGUGUGGUUCUGCUGAGGCCUCGAUCGGCUACGGUGAUUAGAGUCUCAGCGGCGGGUCGCCCACGGAUCCCUAUGAGCCGGAAUUGAUGCCUUGCUCGUUUGUAAUGCCUCCACGGCGGCUCACAUCGCGGCGACAACGAUUCCAUGGGAACCCGCUGGGAUUCUCAGCAUCCCCGCCCACGCUCGCGCUCUCGCACUCUGCCCCACAGGCUACAUGUUGAUGCUAAGGCACUUCCCCAAGACUCAGUAAGCGACAUGCACGACCCAGCUUGGAGACCUCAAGAGUCAUCGGUGCGCUGCUCUGUUGUCCCCGACUCGCACCUGAUCACCCUGCGAAGUGGGUCUGUGGGAUCGUCUGUUGCCGAGCGGCUGCCCCACAGCAGGGGCGCCUCGAAUUCAGCGCUUGAUUCAUCGGCCGUUGUAUCAACAUCUGGCUAUCUGGUGGUGUCUGAGCUCAGCUUGCUGGACCAGCCGCAGCCAGCUUCGACGCAACAACUGAGCCCCAAGGUCUCGAUACCGUUACCGCCUAUUUCCAAUCGCCGGCUAUCAAAGAGCAGGGAUAGCGUGUCCAUGAUCCACAUCCAGAUUGAGCCUGUUUCUCCCACUUCGCCAGCCACGCCGAGGCAUCUGAGAGCCGAUAUACCCUCUGUCAAGUAUGCGCCGCAUCGGAGCAAGUCAAUGAACUUUCACGAAGAGGAGCUCACCAUAAGCACGAGCUUGCUAAGUUCCCAAAAGUCAUCCCCCGACCUGGGGUGCGAGCAUCCUCCGGAGAUAAACUCGAUAUCCGGGUAUCUCAGCCCUGCUGAUGCACGAGCCGCCAAACGCAAGGGCUCGACCGCAUUCCUAGCCCUCUCCAAGAUGAAGGAGUCGCGAGUCCGAUCAAGGAAUCCCGAGGCCCUCGAGCAUUUCCGCAAGACGGUACAGAGGGUGAUAAGGAUGAACAGGAUGAUAUCGGCGUUCCGGGUCGAGCCGCAGACCAACAUCAAAGGAAAAGUCUUCAGCCAUAUACCAUCACUGAUGUCGGCCAGUAUUUUGGACAUCACAUAUACGGACGAGCGGACCCCGGUUCUCAUGUCCAUCCUGAAAAAGUCGCCGGAUUCCAGAACCGAGAUCGAGUUGGAUGUGCUGUGGCACUACUGUGGGCAGAUGAAAGCCCUGCGCAAAUUCGGGGCAAUGGUCCAACGGGAGAUAUGCAAGAAGGCGUACUUUGAGGAAAUAUCAUCGGGUCGGCUGAUCCUCAAGCAGGAGACGGGGCCUUUGUGCUUCUACAUACUGCUGCGAGGUCGAGUCCAACUCUUCAAGACCUAUGGAGACCACCACUAUCGUCUGGUCGAGGCAACGACCAUGCUGAUGGAUGGCGAUUCGAUUGGAGACCCAGAGAUACUCCAGGCUACCGAUGAAGGCACCCAACGAAACGAGUCUGCCCUGGCCCUAACGAAUGUUGAAGUGCUCCGUGUCGACCGCUUCAACUUUCAAGAGAUUCUCGAGACAGCCGCCGCCGCCGAAAUGGAGCAAAAGAUUCAGUUUUUUGCCUUGCUGCCCCUAGUCGCAUCUAUGAACAUCAGCGCCAACUCACUGGCUGAGAGGGCAAUCGAACGAGAGUUUCUUCGAGACAAGAUGAUCGUCGAGGCGGCGCACCAAUCGGACUAUGUCUACUUCAUUAUCAAAGGGACAUGCCGCAUCAUCACCGUUGUCGAGUAUAUCGAGUACGAGGCAAAUCGUGGAAAAUGGGCUGCCCGGCGGAUCCCACCGGGGUUCGAUGCGUCAAACGUGCCGCUGGAUUCAAGCCUCAAGGAGCGAGUAGUCAGCAAAUCACUCUGCGUUGGGCACCUGGAGCAUGGCGCAUAUUUUGGAGAGGGCUGGGUUGCUGACAGGAUGAGGCGCAAGGGACGGCUAAAGCUUGAGCACUAUUCCUGGACCGCAGCAACAUCCGUGGUCGCCGACACACGGGUGCAUUGCUAUGCCAUCGACACGGAAACCUUCCUGAACCACACGACGCUGGAGACAAUCAAGUGCAUCGAAAGCGAUGCAAAGGAACGAUAUCCACCAAAGGAUCGCAUCAUCGACGAGUUUCUCGAGAGCCGGGAGUGGAGCCUGUUCAAGAAGCAUGUCGUCAAAGAAGUUCUCUACCGCAAAGCCGGCACGUAGCUGUGUGCCAGAUAUUCUCUUCUUGGACAGCUCUCUCGAAAAGAUACUGGGCAUUUUGUCUGUUCAGGGGUUACCACAUAUGAGCGGCGUUCAUCGGCAUUUUGGGCUAACCCAGUACUGGCACCAUUGUUGCCGGCCGUCGUCGUCAGCAAAGUUGUCCUGCUGAACACGGUCUUGAAUACAGUGACGCAAGUAGCCCAAGCGCGGC